UAGCUUCAAGCUUCCAUGGAACAUGUCAGAGUUAUCUUCUUCUUCUUUGCUUGUGUCCUAACGCUUGCUCCAUUUCAUGCCUUUGCUCAGGUUGAUUCCUAUGAGUUUGAUCCAGAAUUCUACUGUCUUGAUCGUGGCAACUUCACAGCUAACAGCACCUUUGCUGGAAAUCUCAACCGCCUUGUCUCUUCUCUCUCCUCACUCAAAUCCAAAGCUUAUGGCUUCUACAACAUGUCUUCUGGAGACUCAUCUGGAGAAAGAGCUUAUGCAAUUGGUCUCUGUAGACGAGAAGUCAAAAGAGAUGAUUGUCUCAGCUGUAUUCAGACAGCUGCAAGAAACCUCCCCAAACAGUGUCCACUGACAAAACAAGCUGUUUCAUGGUACACACACUGUAUGUUUCGUUACUCGAACAGGACAAUCUAUGGAAGAAAAGAGACGUUCCCGAAUAGUUCUUUUAUCGCGGGUGAAGAGAUAUCAGCAAACAGAGAUGAGUUUGAGCGGCUGCAGAGAGAACUAUUGAACAGACUCAAAGGAAUUGCGGCGGCUGGUGGGCCGAAUAGGAAAUACGCUCAAGGGAACGGUUCGGCUUCUGCUGGGUACCGAAGAUUCUAUGGAACUGCGCAAUGUACGCCUGAUUUGUCUGAACAGGACUGUAAUGAUUGUCUAGUUUAUGGAUUUGAGAAUAUCCCACGUUGUUGUGAUGCUGAGAUUGGUCUUCGGUGGUUUUGUCCUAGUUGCAAUUUCCGGUUUGAGACAUGGCGAUUCUAUGAGUUUGAUGCCGACCUAGAGCCUGAUCCACCUGCAAUCCAGCCUGCUGAUUCACCAACAUCGAGUGCAAGAAAUGAGAGAAUAGGAAAGGGAAAAGGUGGAUCUAAAGUCAUUAUCGCGAUAGUCAUCCCUAUAGUUCUUGUUGCAUUAUUUGCAAUUUGCCUAUGCUUGGUCUUAAAGUGGAAGAAGAACAAGUCUGGAGAUAGAGUCAAAGUUCUUGGGCAAUCACCUUUGUCGGGAUCAAUUGCUGAGGACGAGUUCUCGAACACUGAUUCGCUGUUAGUUCACUUUGAAACUCUAAAGGCUGCAACAAAUAACUUUUCUUCUGAAAACGAACUUGGACGUGGUGGGUUUGGUUUAGUUUAUAAGGGUGUGUUCUCUCACGGGCAAGAAAUCGCGGUGAAGAGAUUAUCAGGUACUUCUGGACAAGGAGACAUCGAGUUCAAAAACGAAAUUAUACUACUUGCAAAGCUUCAACAUAGGAACUUGGUUAGGCUUUUAGGUUUCUGCAUACAAGGAGAAGAAAGACUCCUUGUCUAUGAGUUCAUAAAGAACGCUAGUCUUGACCAUUUCAUCUUUGAUAUUGAGAAGCGUCAACUUUUGGACUGGGGAGUGCGAUACAAAAUGAUUGGAGGAGUAGCUAAAGGACUUCUUUAUCUUCAUGAAGACUCUCGUUUCAGGAUAAUUCACCGUGAUCUUAAAGCUAGCAACAUUCUUUUGGACCAAGAAAUGAAUCCAAAAAUAGCAGAUUUUGGAUUAGCUAAACUCUUUGACACAGGCCAAACCAUGACACAUCGAUUCACAAACAGAAUUGCAGGAACUUACGGGUAUAUGGCUCCGGAAUAUGCAAUGCAUGGACAAUUCUCUGUGAAAACAGAUGUUUUCAGCUUCGGUGUAUUAGUCAUUGAGAUCAUUACAGGUAAGAGAAACAACAAUGGUGGAUCUAACAAAGACGAAGAUGCAGAAGAUCUUCUUAGCUGGGUUUGGAGAAGCUGGAGAGAAGACACUAUACUUAGCGUUAUUGAUCCAAGUUUAACCACGGGAUCUAGAAACGAGAUCUUGAGAUGCAUACACAUUGGUCUUUUAUGCGUUCAAGAGAGUGCAGCAGCUAGACCAACAAUGGCUACCGUUGUUCUCAUGCUCAAUAGCUAUUCUUUUACUCUCCCGACACCUUCGAGGCCUGCGUUUGUGUUAGAGAGUGUCAUGCCUUCGAAUGUUUCCUCCUCAACGGAAGGGUUACAAAUGUCGUCAAAUGAUGUCACUGUUUCCGAGUUAUCUCCUCGUUAAUCUGUAAAUGUUUUUGCUUGUGCUCUGAAAGCCUUUGUUAAAAAGAUUUUGUUUUGUGUGAAUUUUCAGGCAGCUUGGCUUGAUCUUAAUGUGAAUAAACAGGCAUCUUAAGCUGUGAGAUACUUUUUCCUUUGUCUUAUUGUUUUUUCUCUUUAAGUUUAUCAAGUUCUAAUUUCGUUA